UCGGUUACGGUAACUGCGCUGUGGGGAAGUCGAAAUUAACAAAUUCGCAAUUUGGCACUGCAAUUUGUUGUCAUUUUGUUUUUCUCUCUUGACUGCGCUUACAUAUUUUUUUUGGGUAGCCGCUGGAAACGCUGGCGGCGCAGCCAACAAAGUUCUUUGCGCGGCUGCUGCCGUCGUCGCCUGUCGCAGUUGCAUUUUCAAUAAACGCGUUUUCUUUUGGCACGUUGCGUGGGCGCCCCCUGCCAUGCGUCUGUCUGUCGCACGGUGUCUGUGUGUGUGUUAGUGUUGGUUAAUGUGUUUGUGUUGCUAAUUAAAACAACAACAGCAACAGCAACAACAACUGCAACUGCAAUAACAACUAGAAACGAGAAACGAUAACUUUGACGCAAGCCAAACAAAGUGCUAUCGAUAAAUGCAAUUAAGCUCAUUCACAAAUUGGAGCAGCAGCAACAGCAACAACAAGAGCAGCAGCAAGUGCAACAGGUGUUGGGCAGCCAGUGUUAUACAAUUAUUGUUUUUGUUUUUCAUGUGAUUCAGCGCACGACGAGAGAGGCGUUCGGCAUGACGGAAACUGCUUAGGUAUUCAAUGCGGCGAUCGGCACCCAAGUCUCUGUCGCAGUCCCAGUCCCAGCCCCAGUCCAAGUCCAAGAACUGAGAACCUUUGUAGCUGGCCGCAACAAAUCAAUCCAUCGAGCGGCGUGACAAACUGCGAGCAAUCGUACCCUAUCAGCAAGAGCCUCCCUCCCCUACCCCAACCCAACCCACCGAUUAUAGAAGCAAAUAUGGACUCACGCAUCGGCCUGGAUUAUAUAGUCGAAAAUCGUGACUACAUUGCCAAGUUGGGCUCUGCCCUAGACACGCAGAAUGCGACGGUCAAGAAGCAGGUCUUCGAGCUGCUGUCCGCGCUCUGCGCCUACAGCCCCGACGGCUAUGCCCGUGCCAUCGAAACUCUCGAGUUUUACAAGAAUCUCAAAAAGGAACGUUAUCGCUUCAAAAUUGUCAUCAACGAGCUGGAACUGUCCAGUGCAGCGCCAGCGCCACCGUUGGACUAUCAAGCAACUCUGCUGGCCUUCAUCAACUGCGUCAUCAUCUCGGAGCCAAAGCUGCAGGAGCGCAUACGCAUACGCAACGAGUUUAUAGGCCUCAAAGUAUUGCCGCUGCUCAACACUCUAAGAAAAGUCGCACAGAGUGUCUCCGAUAUCAUCGUACAAUUGGACGUAUUCGUGGAGCAGCAGGAAUGCGACGAGGCCCAGAGCCUGCAGGCGCCCGAUGGCAUCAACCUCAACUCGCAUCUUGAUGUCUUCUACGCGAUACUGCGGCAGGUGGCCGAUAAGCCGCAGGAGGGGCCCUUUCUUAGCAUAUUGCAGCAUCUGCUGCGCAUCGAUUCGAAGGAUCCGCUGAGCGACGUUAUUUGGGACACCACCGAGCGGCUGGUGCAUCGCGCCACACUGCUCGAGGAUCCCGAUGAUGCGGUGCGUCUGCAGCGCCAUCAGAGCACACAAAAGUUCACCUGCCCCAACUGCCGGUCGGGUGAUGCCAGCAGUCCCACAAGGAAGCCCUCACAGUCGCAUGUGGUGGCGGCUAAGCCACCGCCUGCACCAGCUCCGCCGCCGCCGCCGCCACCCGCAACGAUUACAGUUAAUGGCGCCGCGCCACCGCCGCCGCCUCCGCCCGUGCCGAAUGGGAGCGCACUGCCACCUCCAUCGUUGCGUCCGAUCACGCCGCUGCCCGAUACGGCAGCGGCUGUGCUGCUACCGCAGCAGGAUACGCCGGCGCCCAAGGCCAAAAUGAAGACCAUCAACUGGGGCAAGAUACCGGACAACAAGGUGCUGGGCAGGGAGAACAUCUGGAGCAAGAUGGCGAACGUGCACCGUGACACCAACCAAACGGACAUUGACUUCAACGAGAUGGAGGGCCUCUUCUGCCAGCAGCCCACCAGCGGCGAGGGCUCACCCAAGCCGAGCCCCAAGAUCGGCAAGUCGUCCGCGGCCAACGGUAAGGACACGCUGGACCGCAAGGGCAAAAAGGAGAGCACCGAGAUCACGCUGCUGGACGGCAAGCGCAGCCUGAACGUGAACAUCUUCCUGCGGCAGUUCCGCAGCAACAGCACGGACAUCAUUCAGCUGAUACGACAUGGCGCGCACGAGGAGAUUGGCGCCGAGCGGCUACUGGGCUUGCUUAAAAUACUGCCCGAGGUGGAUGAGCUGGACAUGCUGAAGAGCUUUAAUGGCGACCGGACGCGUCUGGGCAGUGCCGAAAAGUUUCUGCUGCAGCUGCUCGAGGUGCCCAACUACAAGCUGCGCAUUGAGAGCAUGCUGCUCAAGGAGGAGUUUGCCGCCAAUAUGGCCUAUCUGGAGCCCUGCAUCAAUGCCAUGCUCUAUGCGGGCGAUAAUCUGCUCAACAACAAGGCGCUCCAGGAGGUGCUCUACAUGGUCGUUGUGGCUGGCAAUUUCCUCAACUCCGGCGGAUAUGCGGGCAAUGCGGCCGGCGUUAAGCUCUCCUCCCUGCAGAAGCUAACAGACAUUCGGGCCAACAAGCCGGGCAUGAAUCUCAUACACUUUGUGGCCCUUCAGGUGGAGCGCUGCAAUCCGGAGCUGCUGCAGUUCACCGCGCAGCUGAAUACCCUCGAAAAUGCCAGCAAAACCACCUCGGAGCAAAUAAAGAGCGAAAUUGGCACUCUGGAGAAUCGCAUCAGGAAGAUUGCAAAGCAAAUUGAGCUGCCCGCAACGGAUGCGGACAUAAAGCAGCAGAUGUCCGAGUUUGUGCUGGCCGCCGACUCGGAGAUGGCGGUGCUCCAGGCGGGCAUGAAGCAGGUGGAUGCGUUGCGGCUCAAGUUGGCUGAAUUCUUCUGCGAGGAUGCGGCCACCUUCAAGCUGGAGGAGUGCUUCAAGACCUUUCAGAGCUUCUGUGAUAAAUUCAGGCAGGCCAUCAAGGAGAACGAGCGACGAGUGCAGCAGGAGAAACUGGCGGAGGAGCGUAACAGAAUCCGGAUGGAGCAAAUGGCCAAACGAACCAGGCAAGUGGGUCAAGCGGGCACGCCCGUCUCCGAUUCCGACUCAUUUCUGGGCGACGGCCUGUUCGAUCCGCGCGCCAGUCCCGCGCUCAGCAGACGCCAGCUGGGCUCGGGUGAGAUUAGCAAUGGCUUCAUCCGGCUCGAGCAGGAGUACAGCGCCUCGCCAGACAUCACACCCAACGGCAGUCUACGCCGGCGCCCCAGUCGCGUGCUGGCCGGCGAGGACGACCUCAUGGAGUAUCUGCGCAGCUCCACCGGACCACACGAUGGCCCCGGCCACAUCAGUCGCGAGCGCAAGGCCGCCUAUGGCAGUCUAGAUCGCUCCUGGGCACGACGCGCACGCUCUGGUAGCUCGAGUCGCAAGCGUCCGGAUCUACUAAAUAUUGACUUUGGCGUUGACCGGGAGCGCGCCAGCUCUCCGGCUCCACUGCUCCAGCAGCAGCAGCAGCUGUCGCAUGAACGCCUGCAAUCACCGCUGGCCAGCAGCGGCACGGCCACGCCCACAACGGCAGCAAAUACGCCCAUCAGCAAUGGCCCAACGAGUCUCCAGCAGCAACAGCAACAAACGCAAGCAGCGCACGAGGAUGCGAAGCCGAGAAUAUCCCGUGAAUUCCGCCAGAAAAUCGAAACCUGGCUGCAGUCCAACGAAAACGAUGAGAAACAGAACGAGGAAUACAAGCGGAAACGUCGCCUGGUUAAUGCGAAUCGGCGAUCGCUCGAAAACGAAACUGAAAACGAACGAAAACUGGAUCCAUUGCCAGAGGAGAAGAUAAUGCCAGCAACAACAACGACGCCGACGAUGACGACUCCAACGAUCACUAACCCAACUAACAGCCAGAGCAAGGAUCUGGAGCAGGAGAAGCAGCAAACGCAUUCCAGCAGCAGAUAUCAGCGCGUCUAUGCCGACUGGAAGCCAUCGCAGACGCUGGAGCACACAGACGUGGUGGGCAAUAUAGAGGCCAUAGCGGAUGCGGCACAGUCGGCACAGCCGCAUCUGACCACCGCCGAGGAGCUGCGUCAAUAUCGUCGGCAGCGCUCCCAGGAGCAGACACAACAAAGUCCCAGUCCGCUGCAAUCUAUUGCCGAGGAGGAUCGCCGCAAGUCCAUUAUACAAAAGCUGGGCGGCAGCGAUGGCAACACAGACCGCUUGAAGAUCUAUGUGCGGCGUCCGUCCAGCAUGGACCUGCAGCCAGAGGCGGUCAUGAGAGUGGAGCCCAAGCCGGUAGAGAAGUCGCCCUCGCAGGAUGACACCUUUGCCAGCUUGCUGGAUCAUCAUAAAAGUCACAACGAGUCACAGUACUCGUCCGCUAACUCCCAGGAGAUUGAUGCGGACAACAUUGAGACGCCGCCGGUGACGCGACGUGUCAUAGCCACACCCAACACCACGGUGGUGACGGUUAGCCUGACGGAUAAGCCAAAGCAUGCGCCGGAAGAGAAGACCAAUGCCAGCCCAUCAGCCACCGAACAGGAUGCGCCGGGUCACUUCGAUAGAUAUGCGAUGGCACGACGCACGCGUCGCUAUAAGCGGCCCACGGACUACAGCAGCGGCAACGAGGAGCUGAUAACGCCCACACAGGACAUCAAGCAAUCCGCCAGCGCCAGUGAGAUACGUCGUCUGCAAAAGGAAGAACCGCAGCCGGAGAAGGCACGCAACAUUACCAAGCUGGAGAAAGUGGGGCGACACAUUAGUUCCAUCAACCAGGAGGAUGUGCGCGAGGCCAUACGCAAUCUAAAAUCGCCCACGGGCACACCAGAGCGACCCUGGAGUCCGCCGCGUGAACUGACUCCAAGCAAACUGAAGCUAAGCGCCAGCGGACAUCACGAGCUCAACGACGAGGGCUUCGAGGAGACGCAAAGCCUGGUAUCGGACACGCCCUCGCACGGCAAAGGUGAGAGCACGAACUCCUCCUGCAAUGAGGCCAAUGAUGCACCCACGCAGCGUUCACGGCCGCUGUCCAAACAAAAGACCAGCACCACCAGCAUCAGCGCAAUGGGCAGCCGCCUGGCGGAUCGACUGCAGCAGGCGCGACUGCGCGGCAGCUCAACGAAUCCAGGCCAAGCCAGCCAGAGGUCACAAAACCAAAUGCCAGCCACGACGACGGCGUCGACGACAACUGCUGCGCUGCCCAAGCGCAGCAUCUCCGCCAGCCGGCCGCUGCGCAUGCCCAAUGGCAGUCCCUUGCUGAGUGCCACGCCCACUAGUACACGAUCAUCCUCGUCGACCGGCGUUCGUAGAUCGCCACACGAGCCGCCACAAUUUGCGCCCAAUUAUGCUUUGGGCGUACCGCCCAAGCAACGAGACGUGGAGCGCAGCAGCUCGCGCAACAGUUUACGUUCUUCGAGGUCCUCCAUCAACAGCGGCGCAUCCACGCAGACCGUGGUUCGGCGUCUGCCCGCAGUGCAGCGCACCGCCACCGUAUCCGUGGACUCAUCGCCCAGCAAAAGGCCGCUAGCCGCACAGAAUACGCGUCCAACAGCCGGGCGGGGCGUGCCGGCCAGUCGCAGCAGCAGCAGCGGCUCCAGCGUGGGUCCCAGCGUAAUACUCGUGCGCAGCAAGCUGUCGUCGGGCCAGCGUAGCGCCCAGGCACAGCCGUUGGGCAGCAGCACCAGCUUUAAGGAGAAUCAAACGGCGGCGCCCACAGCUUCAGCUGUCGCUUCCCGACUGACAGCGGCGCGCAGUGCAAUGCUGGUGAAGAAUGUGCUGAAUCAACAGUCCAAGAGCAGCAACAACAACAAUAAUCCGCCGCCGCAACAGCAGCAGCAGCGCAAUCGUUCCGUCAGCAGCUUUAUGCGUCCCACGGCGAGCAGCGCCACGAAGCGGCAGAAGUGAAGUCGAGGAUGAGUAGGAAUAGGAGGUAUCGUCCAAGUUAACGUCCCAAGUUUACAAACUCAUUGAACAAAGACAACAAGUUACAAACGCAUCUAAUCUAAGCCGUCCAAGCAAACGACAUCAAACAAAUUAAUACAAAACAUUUCGAAUUUCUAGGCAGGAUUUUGCACAAACAACUCCAUAUUAUUGUUAAAGUAGCACAAGCCCAAUCCAUGGCUCCCAGAGUUAUUUAUGAGCAGUUAUACACCAAGUAGCAACUAGUUUAGAGUGGGUCCAACGAUGGGUCCGAUGAUUUCCAGCACAUUCCAAAGUACACGCGUAAAAUAUUCCAUAUUGAAAAGCCACUGAAACAGGUGCGUCGUGGAUUCGUCACAAAUGUGUUUCAAUGCAAAUGGUUUUACAUAUUUUGCACACUUCAUCGUUUCCAAGGACCUCUUACAUUCUAAUUGUUAAGGCAUGACAAAUAUUGUUGAAAUUCUUAAAUAUAUAUGUAUUUGAGCACAAAAAAAAAACAAAAAAAUACUACUUAGUAAAACUACUCAACUCUAACUUAGCAUUAAAAGGAAGUAAACGUUAAAAAUUGUCUUUUCCAUAUUAACAUUAACAUCUAGUUUUAGACAUUAUUCGAUUAUACAUGUGUAGGAGACUUCUUUUUAUAGACGCGCGUUAUUUACAAUUGUGUAGUUCAAAACCAAAAUCAUAAUUGAUAUAUGUAUUGAUAUUGGUACCGAUGAAAAAAUGACAACUACAAUUCUUAAAUAAACAAAAAAUCAAGCUUUAAAA